AUGGUGAAUAAUGGUGCUUAUGACAAAGUUGUGCAUUGCAAGGGAAUGAAAGUGAAGAUUCCGAAUGUUGAUUCUAAUGGCCACUUGUACAUUAACUUGCAAUAUGAUGUUGUUGAAAAAGCAUUGAAUGAAAUGCCUGGAAAUGUGAAUAUGAUGAUACAUAUGAGGCAUGAUAUUCCUGGAACAUGUGAAAUGCGUGAUGCUAAUGAUGACAAUGCAAUAGCUGAGAUGUUUAAAAUGCAUCAAUCUGGAAUUGUAAUCAAUUUACAAGUGUAUGAUAUGGAAAUUAUUCCAACUAAGCCUGAUGGACCUUUAAACCAUAACAAUGAUCAAAACACCCAAGAGAAUUUAGGCAUUGAACAAACUUAUGAAAGGGUAGUUGUUGAUCUUGGAAAUUCUGAUGAUGAAUUUGAGGACUCUAACUCUGACGAGUCAUGGAAACAUAUGCUUGAUAGUGAUAAUGAAGGUGAUAUAGAUGAUGACAAAGUUUCAGUGGAGAGUAGUGACUUGAGUGACACUAAUUUUUCUAAUUUAGAAGAAAAUGAGGAUUGUGAUAUGGUUCCUGAUUCCGAAUCUGAUCAGGAACUUGAUCCUAUGAGAGAAGGAUUUUCAAUAGUAAGAUUGAAGAAUGAGAAAACUAGAGUGACAGCUAUUAGUGGUAUAGAUGGCUGCAAAUGGAGAAUUCAUGCGAGUCCGAUGGCUGAUUCCGUCACCUUUAUGUUUAAAUCUUACCAACCUGAACAUACUUGGGUGAUGGAUAAAAGUAAUGUAGAACCAACAUCAGAUUGGAUUGCAAAGAAGUUGGUGCCUUUGAUGAGAGCUCAUCCUAACAUAUCUAGCCAGGGCAUAGAAGCAAAGAUGAUAACAAAGUGUGGUCUUAAACCAAGUUACAUGCAGCUUUUUAGAGCAAAAAAGAAAGCAGAAAAGGAGAUUCAAGGAAAUUUCACUGAUUCUUAUGGCAAAUUACCAAAAGCAUGGAAAACUGGUUUUCUUGAUGGUUACAAGCCAUUCAGUGGCUUUGAUGGCUGUCACUUGAAGGGUCUCUUUGGUGGUAUUUUACUCACAGCAGUGGUCUUGGAUGGGAAUGAUAGUAUAUUCCCAAUUGCAUUUAUUGUAGCUGAAUGUGAAAACAAGAAAACAUGGAGUUGGUUCUUUUACCUUUCUGAAGAGUUUUUUGUACCAUUCAACAGCCACUUACCUUUAAACUUUAUGAGUGAUAGGCAAAAGGGGCUCAACCUUGCUUAUGAGGAGAUAUUUCCAAAUGCUAGUGACAAAUAUUGUUGCAGGCACAUUUGCCGCAACUUCAAGCAGCAAUUUUCAGGCAUGCUGCUUAAUAGUUUCUUUUGGAAGGCAGCAAAGAGUUUUGAUCACAUAGGUCAGAAUGAAACAAUGUCAACCAUUAAAGAUAUCAAUAUACAGGCUUGGAAAUAUUUGGACAAAAUUCCCAAGAAAGCCUGGCAUAGAUAUGCAUUCUCAAAAGAAAUUAAAUGUGACCAUGUCACAAAUAAUUUCACUGAAUCGUUUUAUUCAUUGUUGGUGAUCUCAGGGGCAAACCCAUACUUAACCCUUGUUGAAGGUUUGAGAAGGAAGUUCAUGAAGAAAAUGCAUAAGAGAUACUAA